CGAGGUUUUCGUCACACUAGUAUCCUUCACGACACCAUGACUCUCGAGGAGAUCAUAGCCGCCAUCAAGCGGCUGAUUUACGCGCAGACUGACAUCACAGCAUCUACUUAUGGCAGCCGGGAGACUGAAAAUAAUCAUAACGAAUCUGCUCGCUCUAUGAGUGCAUACAAACAGACGAUCAGUAUCGAUAAUGCAGCCGAUGAGAGCAGUGUAGGACAGAAUGGAGUUCAAUCUGAACAAAGGUCUCGAUUGGCGGCAUUAAGAGGUACUCGUGGUGAUGACUUCGGAGAAGGAAGUCUCGGCCACAGCGAACCCCGGAGCUACUUUGCGAUCGAAGGUGAAUUACUUCAGGAGCGCCUACCGUCAGUGGACAGGAUGCGAAGGCUUCGAAAUGGGCGCCCGCUUCCACCACCAGCGCCCUUACCAGAGGACACACCAGGAAAUUGGGAGUGGCAGGAGACCGAGGAUGGAAUAGGGACUGGAUUUAGGGUCGCCGUAUCAGUCCCAAUGAGCGCGAUCCGCUGGCCAUCUCGCGAGUUGUAUCACAUUCUUCCUGCGUCUGCCGAGGCAGUUCCAACUUCCAAUCAUGGAGGCCUCGUGCUAAGGACUCCAGGACCGCGUGGAGAUAACCCCAUCCAUCGUGAAGUGCAUGAACAUGUUGAGGGACGAGUCAUGGCUUAUGCGGUACCAUCGCCAGUGGUAGUGCUAGUCGAUCCCGCGCGGAUGGAUUUCUUGCAUACAUCUGGGAUGUAAUUCCACCUCGAUACGGAGAGGGCCAUUAAAUUCGACUGAGGGAGAAAGAGUGGAUGCGGUUGAAUCGUGAAAGAAUAGAUCCGUAUAUGAUAACGCAUUCAUCUGCAUUGUUGCAUGUUCCUAUAUCUGUUACAACUUGAAUGAGGCAUCACAAGUCAAUCACC